AUGGAGGGUAUUCAGACUCAUCCUUCGAACGCUGCGCAGGCCAAGGCCUUCACUGCGCCUGGCUCGCUGUCGUUUCCUGGCGGCGCCAACGAGCUCGCGACUCCUGCGGUGCAGAGCAACAUCGCGGUCACCAACGGCGUUCAGCAGCAGGGCGUUCAAGCCGCCAACGGUACUGGGGUGACUCCCGCGACCCCCGCUGCGACGCCGGGAGCUGGUCCUGCGGGCCCGAGUGGCAUCACGCCCACGCUCCAGAACAUUGUGGCAACGGUCAACUUGGAUUGCCGUCUGGACCUGAAGACGAUCGCGCUGCAUGCUCGCAAUGCGGAGUACAACCCCAAGCGUUUCGCUGCUGUCAUCAUGCGUAUUCGCGAGCCGAAGACGACUGCGCUCAUCUUCGCCAGCGGCAAGAUGGUAGUGACCGGCGCUAAGUCAGAGGAUGAUUCGAAGCUCGCCUCGCGCAAGUACGCUCGUAUCAUUCAAAAGCUUGGCUUCAACGCCAAGUUCACCGACUUCAAGAUCCAGAACAUCGUUGGCUCGUGUGACAUUAAGUUUCCCAUCCGUCUGGAGGGUCUUGCGUCGAAGCAUCACAACUUUAGCUCGUACGAGCCCGAGCUCUUCCCGGGUCUCAUCUACCGCAUGAUCAAGCCAAAGAUCGUUUUACUCAUUUUCGUCAGCGGCAAGAUAGUCCUCACCGGUGCCAAGGUGCGCGAGGAAAUUUACCAGGCGUUCGAGAUGAUUUACCCCGUGCUGCAAGAUUUCCGCAAGGUUUAA